CCCUGCACCGAUAAGCUUGAAGGUGACGACGUUGGCGUGACGAAGAAUCCUAUGAAAAGUCGAUGUUGAUCAUAAGUGAAGGAAAAUGUAGAGUUUUGCUCUCAUAGACGCAUUCAGGGCAAAUUGGUUUGAGCUACAAAGUCAUCCAGCAGUAAUGACACCCUGCAGCCUCUUGUUUUGAGCAUCAGCAGCCCCCCCAGGAUCAGGGAUGAUCUACCUGGCUCACACAGCACACUGGCAGUUCCUGGGACUUUUGUCCGGGGUCCUGGCAUGGCUCUUCAUCAUGGUAACAUCCGGCAUCAACGAGUGGCGGCUCUGGUACGUGGAGGACGCCACUGUCAUCACCUCAGGCGUGGCCUGGGUGGGAAUCUGGAGGGCGUGCUUCUACAGUCACGUCCUGCCGGACACUGAGAACUGCCAGAGCAUCAGCAUCUCAGACAGUUUCCUCCCACCUGAGAUCCCCUUGGCUCAGGUGCUGAUGAUGCUGGCGGUGAUCUCCGGCCUGGUGGGGAACAUCAGUGCAGCUUUGGCCAUGAGGAUGGCUUACUUCUCGGUGGAGGACCGCAGGAAGAUGAGGACGGUCUUUGUCCUGUCUGGGGCUCUAUAUUUGAUCACAGCAGUGUUCUCCUUGGUGCCUCUGGUGUGGAACAUGACCUCCGUUUUGAAGAACAACACCAUCGACUUUCCUGUAGAGUUCAACCUCCCUGCGGCGCCUAUCAGGCAGAGUGUUGGAGCAGCGAUCGCAGUUGGCAUCAUGGCUUCCAUCCUACUAAUUAUCAGUGGGGUGAUCUUCCUCUGCUACAGGUCCUCAUCGCAGCCCUUGAAGCAAACUGCAGACCCACUCAAUGGUCCGUGGACAGAGACAACACUGCAGAAGAAGGCCGAGCGGCCAAACGCACAGAGCCAAGGGAUGGACAAUCAGGGGUUCCACCGUGAAGAAAACUAAUGAUGCUCUGGCAUCUUAAGGACUUACAUUUCAAGAACACCUUUAUUCAACUGUUUGUCACCUUAUUCAUCACCUCCACAAGAAAAAACUACUAAAACACAACAGCAGCAAGCACAUUUCUGCAGAAAGGGGUCAAAAUGAAGUCAGCUUCUGUCAGUCUAGAUUUUUUUUUCCAGUGUUAUUUUAGUUGGAGGCAGCAAUUGUAUUAUUUACUAUCAUAUCGACAUACUUCCUGGUAUUUUCUCACUAUUGUACCAGAUAUCUUUAUUCCAAUCCUCUUCAUGGCCUUAGAGUGUAUUAAUGAAUAAAAAUGAUCAUAAAGAACAAGGGAAGCAACAGACAAAUUCAAGGUGAAAGUGUUGGAAAAGUUUAAAACAGGGUUAGGUUAUAAAUCAAUGUUAUGUUGAUCAUCUCCCAGAGCUCCGUUUAAUCCAUUACCUGCUAAUGAGAAGAAUAGAACUCAACUAAAAAAGUGAAAAUGCUGGCAGGAUGCUUCCCUUCAACAGGUAACAGUUACAGCUGCUCAGAGAUGAUGUGAAGAUGACUGCAGCUGAGGACAGUUUAGUUAAAAGCUGCAGACCUAAAAUUCAAGAGCCUGCAACAUACAGAUCGACAGUGUAAAUAAGAGCAAAACAUAUUCAGUGUUAGAAUGGCCUAGUCAAAGUUCAUACCUGCAUCCAGUUAAAAAGUAAUUGAAAAAAGGACUGAAUCCAGUGGAAAAAA